GUCAUUUUGUUUAUAAUCGUUCUUGAGGUCAAAUUGGCGUUAUUUUACUCGUACUUCCUUCAAAUUAUGAGAACAAGSGUUUGUUGACGACUUGUCACAAUGGAAAGCAACACAGAUGGGAUUGUUUUAUGUGGAGAUCAGCUGUCAUUUAUUGGACAAGAAGCUCAGACAAUACCAGGAAUCAUUGGUAAUAAGUAUGGCAAGUUUGUGAAACGUCUGGACAUGAGUUUUAACCAGUUGAGGAAUCUAAGUGGAUUACAAAGUUUUGAAAUCCUGGAAGAGCUUAUUCUUGACAACAACCARCUUGGAGACAGUAUAGAAAUUCCUCCUCUUCCAAAUCUACAGACGUUAACAAUCAAUAAAAAUAAAUUUGUAAAUUUGGAUAAAUUACUUGAGGAUAUUGCUAGUAAGGCUCCAARGCUAAACUACCUCAGUCUGUUGGGUAACACAGCAUGUCCUAAUGAACUGUCAGGCUUUGAUAAAGAUGAAGAGGACUAUCAAAGAUAUAGGUAUUAUGUAYUGUAYAAGCUUCCAAGACUAAAAUUCCUGGACUCAAGACCCGUCAAAGAAUCAGAAAGAGCAGAAGCCAAAAGAGUUGGAGCUUUUAUGAAAGUUGUUACUCUGACAGAUGCUGACGUGAAACCAGGAACACCAGCAGAWUCCGACAAUGAUGGUUUUAAGUACACACCUCUACCUCGUGACUCCUCUCAUACCGGACAGCAUCAUGGCACGUUUGGGGAAUGUCGCUACAUCUACUAUGGCCAACAUUCAGAGGGAAACAGAUUUAUUAGAAACAAUGAACUGUAGAUUUUAACAUCAUAGUACUUWACAUUAUUAUUUAACCCUAAARGAUUUAAAGAACUCAAGAUUUWAGCAAUUCUAUUGUAACCUAACACAAUAGGGUCUUGAGUAUUUUAUAUGGCUUGAAAAACUCCAACAAUAAUUUAGAAAUCGCAGGCCUUGAAUAUCAUUCUUGGAGAAAUGAAUGUUUAAUAAGAUGAAUGGGGCAAUCUCAUCAAGACAUGUGUGCAAAGCACGUCAUCCUUCAUUGAAUAUAUGAAGUAAAAUACUACAAGGCUGAUUAUCAUUAGCUGAUUUACUGGUAUUGUCAAAUACCUUGRACUAAAAUGAUAAGAGUUUUAAGAUGAGACCCUUGCUUAGUUUCACGAACCCCUAUAUCUGAUAAAAUUUGUGUUUUAUCAGGUAAUGAUAAGUUCCUUGCAUGUAACCAAAUAGGCUAAUCCAAUUGGUCUAGUAGCUCAUUAAUUAUGUAUCAGUUUUGUAAUGAAAGUGUAGCAGGGCUUGAAAUGAUGGCCUGACAAGAUUUCCUUCCAAAGCCUGGUCAUGUCAAGUUUUGAAAGGACAAAAACGUUAUUAUACUAAAUUAUUUUCUUUUAGUUUAUAGGUUUUUGUAUAAAUUAUUCAGAAAAUCGUAAAAGAUUUAUUUAGUGAAUUGAGAAUUGAUUUGUCUGAAAUGUAGUAGGUCAAUUUGACCUUUCAACACCCAAUUUGGCCGGUCAUCUAGCGAAUUUGGAAUUUGACUGGCCAUUAUUUCGAUCCCUGGUGUAGUGUCUGUAGAGACUAUCAAAAGUACCUGGAGUGCUUAACAACUGGUUCACACACACUGAGAUAUGUUUUGACCAUAGCAAACUGUUGUAUGUGUGAACUGGGGAAAACAAGCUGAAUAUUAAGAAGAACUUUUCCAUUUUCUUAUKUGCUUCUGUGUGCUUCCCACUUCCUAUUGGGGGCUUCAGUCAAACAGCAAGUGCUUGUAUGUUAAUAUAAUUAGAUUCAAUUUAACACUUUAAAACCCCAUUAUUAGGUAAUACAAUACAAUACUGUACCUAUAUUAAUAAUCUGUUAUCUCUAAAUGUUUUGUGAAAUAUUAUAGUGAAAGGGUAAUCUGCAAUCUUCAGGGUAACAAAGAAUUGCCUUUGUUGAACUUAUAAGAGUCUGCAAAACAAGAUAUUUAUUGACUCUUAUCAAAUUGUACUAUUUUAAGUUGAUUGCAUGUUCUCUUUGGUUGUUUGUAUGCUAAAAUGCUGUCCCUCUGGACCAAAAUACAAAACGUUUGCUAUUCAAAAAUGAUAUCAGAGUUCAUAGUAUGUAUAGGUAGUAGGUUUUUAUUUUUACAUAGUCAAUGUUAUUUUUGAUGUUAUACUAUUAAAUGAUAAUAAAUUUUACYAAUAAAGUAGAUUGAUAAACCACGAA